ACGGAAGCGUUCUAUAGGACUAUUUUUGCUCUCACAAGCUAAAGAGCGGUCACUCCGAGCCGUCGUCGCCGCAUUGCCAUGUCAUUUGAUGUGUCUGGUCGGAGUACUGACAUCUGAUUACAUACUGCAUGCCACGGGUAACCAGUCCAGGUGGACGUAACACACACACACAGACUCAUGGACGGACCUCUAUACCUUCAAGGCCCAUUCAGGCCGAUACCUCUGUACUGUCCUCGACCACCACUGCUUGAAGGGCUCUCGAGAGCCUAUCCUGUCCCUGCCAUAGCAGAAGCCGGAAGGACUGCCCUCAAACUGGGAACCAACGCGGAGAAUCUUGGGAAAGUAUCCACUUCCGCUUUAACGACCUUCCCCUACAGUCUGAGCCUGUUCGACCACGUCAGACGACAGCAAACGAACUGUUUCCGUGUUUUUGAUGCGCUGCCAAAGAUUCAUUUCGGACCGACGCUAAGUCAACCAACCAUCGUGCUUUCAGAGAGACAGGCUUCUUCUGUUCAGCAGUCCAGAGACAUUUUCAGCUUGAGGCCGCCACCGACGGCUGCGCAGAAUGAAAAAGUAGUAUCCGCGGAAGCACUUCCGGGGUCAGUUGUUGGACAGAUAUCGGAUCCAUACUCUUCUCAGUAUGGCUACGGACGAAAAAUAUUCCCUUGUUCGCAGUGCAGGUAUACGACGGACAGACGGAACAAUUUGAAACGACACAUGUUGACAAUGCACCAGGCGUGUUCCAAACUUCUCGAGUGCUGUGGAAUUCUGUUCGCCACAAAAGCCUCGUUGCGAGAGCACGCCAUGAUUUUUCAUUACCAUGGAUACACGUGCUUUUACUGUGGCAGGCGAUUCUGCCGGAAGGCGUUGCUGAAGCGCCAUCUGUCCGUCCACAACGGCCAGAAAGACUUCGUUUGUACGAUCUGUGAUUACGCCACCAGUCAUAAGAGUAACCUCGAGCGUCACCGGAAAGUGCAUUCCAGGCAGGAGGAUGGGCGGGACAGAGAAUCGACGUCAGCGACCCCUGGUGACGACACGAGAGACCACUCGGGCGACGAGAACAUAACUCUGGACGUCAGUAGUGACGAACUGUCCCUGUGUUCCGAGGAUGACGAAGAAAUCAAUGUCCAUACGGACUGACGUGUUUCACAUGAGAACAAAAUGUAAAGAAUAUAUUUAAUGUUUGUCUCAUUGUGAGUGAUUGUAGCUUUUUCGCAAUUUUUUUUUGAAUUUUUUUGUGUGUGUGUGAUGUAUUUCAAUGCAAGAGAAUAUUUGAUGAGCUAUGUAAAAGAAGAGAAGAAGAGUUUUUUUAUUUAUUUAUUUCUGGGUUUUUUAUUAUUAUAUUAUUAUUAUUAUAUUAUUAUAUAUAUAUAUAUAUAUAUAUAUAUAUAUAUAUA